GCAGCCAUGCGCGAGUUGGUGCACAUCCAGGGUGGCCAGUGCGGUAACCAAAUCGGGGCAAAGUUCUGGGAAGUAAUUUCUGAUGAGCAUGGUAUCGAUCCUACAGGCACUUAUCAUGGAGAUUCCGACCUCCAGCUCGAGCGCAUCAAUGUCUACUACAAUGAGGCCACAGGUCAUUAUACGGAGGGCGCGGAAUUGAUCGACAGCGUGUUGGAUGUGGUCCGCAAGGAAGCAGAGGGAUGUGAUUGCCUUCAAGGGUUUCAGAUGUGUCAUUCACUCGGAGGUGGCACUGGAGCUGGCAUGGGGACGUUGCUCAUUUCCAAGGUGAGAGAGGAAUAUCCCGACAGGAUCAUGGAGACAUUCAGUAUCAUUCCGUCCCCAAAGGUGAGCGACACAGUCGUGGAACCAUACAACGCGGUUUUGUCUUUCCACCAGUUGGUGGAGAAUGCCGACGAGUGCUUCUUACUUGACAAUGAGGCCCUUUAUGACAUAUGUUUCCGUACGCUGAAGCUGACUACGCCCACGUAUGGGGAUUUGAAUCACUUAGUGAGUGCAGCGAUCAGUGGUGUCACUACUUGCUUGCGCUUCCCUGGGCAGCUGAACUGCGACCUGCGCAAGAUUGCUGUGAACUUGAUACCAUUCCCGCGCCUGCACUUUUUCAUGACUGGCUUCGCGCCUCUCACGUCCCGUGGCUCCCAGCAGUACCGCGCGCUGACCGUGCCGGAGGUCGACGAACAAAUGCUUAACGUGCAGAACAAGAACUCUUCAUAUUUUGUGGAGUGGAUUCCUAACAACAUCAAGGCUUCCGUGUGCGACAUCCCCCCAAAGGGCCUCAAGAUGGCAGUUGCUUUCGCAGGUAACUCAACAGCAAUUCAGGAAAUGUUUAAGCGUGUUGCUGAGUACUUCACAGCGAUGUUCCGGCGCAAGGCAUUCCUGCACUGGUACACUGGCGAGGGCAUGGACGAGAUGGAGUUCACCGAGGCGGAGAGCAACAUGAACGAUCUUGUCUCUGAGUACCAGCAGUACCAGGAUGCCACUGCGGAGGAGGAGGGCGAGUUCGAUGAGGAGGAGGACGGCGAACAGUGA